CCAACGUUUCUCUGGAUUCAAGGUUUUCCCAUCUUCACUCUCAAAAGGUGAAUCAUUGGUUGAAAUUCGAUGCCAAUCUACAAAAUCAGGGGAAUCAAUGUCGAUUUCCCUUUCGAGGCAUACGAUUGUCAAAUUGUUUACAUGGAAAAAGUCAUUGAAUCUUUACAAACUAAAUCUAAUGCAUUAUUGGAGAGUCCAACUGGUACAGGGAAAACAUUAUGUCUUCUUUGUGCAACAUUAGCAUGGAGAAAAAGCUUAGGUGCCUUCUCUCAUGGAGUUUCUGCAUUUAAGGGUAAAGGAAAUAAAGAUGAUGGACCAAGUUCACAAUCUGAAAAGAAACAGACUGGUUUACCCACUAUAGUGUACACUUCAAGAACUCAUAGCCAGCUCCAGCAAGUUAUUCAAGAAUUGAAAAGAACUAAUUACAGGCCCAAAAUGACUGUGCUAGGUUCGCGGGAGCAGUUGUGCAUUCACGAUGAUGUACAAAUGCUUCAAGGGAAAGCUCAAACAAAUGCUUGUCAUUUCAUUUGUAAAAAACGCGAGUGCAAACAUCAAAGACAAGUUCCAGACUAUUUAAAGGGUAAUCCUUAUCUUGGAGAUGAACCUGUUGAUAUAGAGGACCUGGUCAACAUUGGAAGAAGUCACGGAGCGUGCCCUUAUUACGUAUCUCGAGAGCUCCACAAGGUUGUCGAUAUUGUAUUUGCUCCGUAUAACUAUCUCAUCGACCAUGGUAACCGCGGAUCUCUUGCAAUUGACUUUCAGAAUAGUGUACUUAUAUUCGAUGAAGCCCACAACUUGGAAGGCAUUUGUGCAGAUGCAGCCUCCUUUGACCUGCCAUCUGGGCUGCUUACUGCUUGCAUAUCUGAAGCAAAAAAGUGUAUUGACCUUGCGGUUGCAAGGAGGGCAAUUGAACAAUCAAAUGAAAAAUCUCUGAAUCCAGAUAACUUUGCUAUUCUUAAAGCUCUCUUACUGAAGCUGGAGAAGCGGAUAGCUGAAGUUUCUAUUGAUUCCAAAGAAUUGGGUUUUACUCGACCAGGGCCUUACAUAUAUGAGUUACUUGCUAAACUAAACAUCACACACGAAACAUCAAAUAUGCUAAUCGAUAUAAUUGAGAACGCUUCUUUGCUUCUUGAGGAUGCUGAAAGUGCAACUGAAAGUGGAUCAAACACCAACAAGCAAAAGAGCACCACAGCAUGCCGGCUGGAAAGUAUGAGUGACAUUCUUAAGACAAUCUUCAAUAAUGGUGAAAUGGCUCAUUCAAAAUCCUACCGUGUUCACGUGCAAGAAGUUGAAGCCUAUGGCUCAGAAUCCUUUAAAGCCAAAAAGACAUCAAAAACGCUCAGCUGGUGGUGCUUCAAUCCUGGGAUCACAAUGGUUGAAUUCUCCAAGUUGGGUGUUGGUUCUAUCAUUUUAACAUCUGGCACAUUAUCUCCGUUGGACUCGUUCGCACAGGAACUGAAGUUAGAAUUUCCUAUCCGGUUAGAGAAUCCUCAUGUUAUUUCUGCAUACCAAAUUUGGGCUGGAGUUGUAUCCAGUGGUCCAUCUGCUCGCUCUUUUAAUUCUUCUUAUCGGAAUCGAGACUCCAUAGAAUAUAAGCAAGAACUUGGGAAUGCUAUUGCAAAUUUUGCUCGGAUUGUACCUGAUGGGCUUCUUGUUUUCUUCCCAUCCUACUACUUAUUGGACCAGUGCAUUGGUUGCUGGAAGGAUUUGGGUCAUGCAGGCUCCACAAACUCGACCACUAUCUGGGAAAGGAUAUGCAAAAAUAAGCAGCCUGUGGUGGAACCCAGGCAAUCUUCACUGUUCUCUUCCGCUAUUGAGGACUAUGUUACUAAGUUAAAAGACUCCUCUACUUCUGGUGCAAUCUUUUUUGCUGUUUGCCGUGGCAAGGUGAGCGAGGGAUUAGAUUUUGCCGACCAUGCUGGGAGAGCUGUCAUAAUCAUUGGUAUGCCAUUUGCCAUGAGGAAUGAGCCUAAGGUUCGUCUUAAACGUGAAUACAUGGAUCAACAAGCUUUGUCACACAAGAAUGGACAAAAGGGUUUGACUGGAGAGGAGUGGUACAGCCAGCAAGCAUCAAGGGCUGUCAAUCAGGCUGUAGGCCGUGUCAUCCGUCAUCGCGAUGACUAUGGAGCAAUAAUAUUCUGUGACGAAAGGUUUGCAUAUCCAAAUAAUCAGAAGCAAAUGUCGCUUUGGAUGCAACCUCAUAUUAAGUGCUACUCUAAAUUUGGGGAAGCAGUCUUCACAUUGACUCGUUUUUUCCGAGAUAUAAAGAUAUCUCUAAUCCUAUGAAGCCAAAGUCAACACAGAACAUACAAAAGCGCUCUCAUGCAACAAACGCAAUGCUGAAUGAACGGAUGCAAGAACCCAUAGAGAAGGAUAGUUUAUCGGCACCGCAGUCAUCAAAUCUGGUCCAUGGUAACAGUGGUGGGGUUAAGGUCAACGAGUCUCUGGAC